GAGUGACCCUCAAGAGAUAGUGUGAAGCUAGCGCAGGCGGGGCAAUUUCUGUUCUGUUCUCUUUGCCAUUUACGGUUGAGGAGGUGUUUGGAGUCACCUUCGGGUCAGCUUUCUGCUCAUGUUUUCUGCCUAGACAUAUGACGAUUCCCGUGAGACUUCACUGCACGUUUUCUCAAGUGUCUUCCUCAUCCCUAAUGUGUAAUCCUUCAACAUGGACCUGCUACUUUAGCUAAGAUAUGACCAGCAACGAAUAGUAGUAAGAUAUGUGCUGAUUAGACGGCUCAAUUGUGCAGCGUGGAGGAUAAGACAGUGCUUUACAAAAAUGGGGUUUGGGAGUGACCUGAAGAAUUCACAUGAAGCUGUGUUAAAAUUGCAAGACUGGGAAUUACGGUUACUGGAAACAGUGAAGAAAUUUAUGGCCCUGAGAAUAAAAAGUGAUAAAGAAUAUGCAUCUACUUUACAGAACCUUUGUAAUCAAGUUGAUAAGGAAAGUACUAUCCAAAUGAAUUAUGUCAGCAAUGUAUCCAAGUCUUGGCUACUUAUGAUUCAGCAGACGGAACAACUUAGUAGGAUAAUGAAGACACAUGCAGAGGACCUAAAUUCUGGGCCCUUACACAGGCUCACCAUGAUGAUCAAAGACAAGCAGCAGGUGAAGAAGAGUUAUAUAGGUGUUCAUCAGCAGAUAGAGGCAGAGAUGAUCAAGGUCACAAAGACAGAAUUAGAGAAAUUAAAAACAAGCUAUAGACAAUUAAUAAAAGAAAUGAAUUCUGCCAAAGAGAAAUAUAAAGAAGCUGUAGCUAAAGGGAAAGAAACUGAAAAGGCUAAGGAACGUUACGACAAAGCCACGAUGAAACUUCAUAUGUUGCAUAAUCAGUAUGUAUUGGCAUUGAAAGGGGCGCAGCUUCAUCAGAAUCAGUAUUAUGACACUACACUUCCUCUGCUUCUGGAUUCCUUACAAAAGAUGCAAGAAGAAAUGAUAAAAGCACUGAAAGGUAUAUUUGAUGAAUACAGCCAGAUAACCAGUCUUGUUACAGAGGAAAUAGUGAAUGUCCAUAAAGAGAUUCAAAUGUCAGUUGAACAGAUAGACCCUGGCACAGAAUACAAUAAUUUCAUAGAUGUUCACAGAACGACGGCUGCUAAGGAGCAAGAAAUUGAGUUUGAUACUUCCUUACUAGAAGACAAUGAAAAUCUACAGGCAAAUGAGAUUAUGUGGAAUAAUUUAACAGCAGAAAGUUUGCAAGUAAUGUUGAAAACUUUAGCAGAGGAACUUAUACAGACACAGCAGAUGCUUUUAAAUAAGGAGGAAGCUGUCCUGGAGUUAGAGAAGAGGAUUGAGGAAUCUUCUAAGACCUAUGAAAAGAAGUCUGAUAUUGUACUUCUGCUAAGCCAAAAACAGACACUUGAAGAGCUAAAACAGUCAGUCCAGCAGCUGAGAUGCACUGAGGCAAAGUUUACAGCACAGAAAGAAUUGCUAGAGCAAAAAGUACAAGAAAAUGAUGGGAAAGAGCCACCUCCAGUAGUAAAUUAUGAAGAAGAUGCGCGAUCAGUUACAUCUAUGGAAAGGAAGGAGAGGCUGUCCAAAUUUGAGUCUAUUCGUCAUUCAAUUGCUGGAAUCAUUAGGUCUCCAAAGUCUGCACUGGGCUCUUCAACAUUCUGUGAUACGAUCCCCAUUAUUGAGAAGCCUCUGGCAGAACAGGAUUGGUACCAUGGUGCAAUUCCCAGAAUAGAAGCGCAAGAUCUGUUAAAACAACAAGGAGACUUCUUGGUCCGAGAGAGUCAUGGGAAACCUGGUGAAUAUGUCCUUUCUGUAUUUUCUGAUGGACAAAGGAGACACUUUAUCAUACAAUUUGUUGAUAACAUGUAUCGUUUUGAAGGCACUGGGUUUUCAAAUAUCCCUCAACUUAUAGACCAUCACUAUACAACAAAACAGGUCAUCACUAAGAAAUCAGGUGUAGUUCUGCUGAAUCCUAUUCCUAAGGAUAAGAAAUGGGUUCUCAAUCAUGAAGAUGUCACAUUGGGAGAAUUACUGGGCAAGGGAAAUUUUGGUGAAGUAUUUAAGGGCAUAUUAAAGGAUAAAACUGCUGUUGCUGUUAAAACGUGUAAAGAAGAUCUUCCUCAGGAACUGAAAAUAAAAUUUUUACAAGAAGCCAAAAUUCUCAAGCAAUAUGAUCAUCCCAAUAUUGUCAAACUUAUAGGAGUUUGCACACAAAGACAGCCUAUCUACAUAAUUAUGGAACUGGUUCCAGGAGGUGAUUUCCUCUCCUUUCUGAGAAAGAAGAAGGAUGAAAUAAAACUCAAACAAUUAGUGAAAUUUUCAUUAGAUGCUGCUUCUGGUAUGGCCUAUCUUGAGAGUAAAAACUGUAUACACAGGGAUCUUGCUGCAAGAAACUGUCUGGUAGGUGAAAAUAAUGUUCUGAAAAUCAGUGACUUUGGAAUGUCUCGUCAAGAGGAUGGUGGAGUGUAUUCAUCUUCUGGCUUAAAGCAGAUUCCCAUUAAAUGGACGGCACCAGAGGCUCUUAAUUAUGGGAGAUACAGCUCUGAGAGUGAUGUGUGGAGCUUUGGCAUCCUCCUCUGGGAGACCUUCAGCUUAGGGGUCUGCCCAUACCCUGGAAUGACAAAUCAACAAGCUCGGGAACAAGUGGAAAGAGGAUACCGAAUGUCAGCCCCUCAGCAUUGUCCAGAGGACAUUUUUAAAAUCAUGAUGAAGUGUUGGGAUUAUAAACCUGAAAACCGGCCCAAGUUCACUGAACUUCAGAAAGAGCUCACUGUCAUCAAGAAGAAAAUUACAUAGUGACAGAACAGUGCAAACUCAGCCUCCAGGACUUGGUCCUCCAGCAGAGUAAUAUUGUUCUUCUCAUUAACAAUGAGUUUAUACCACGUUAUGUGCAACAGUCUUCUAAGGUUAUUUUUUUUUUAUUAACUGUUUUUUAAAUAUGUGCCGUUAAAAAAAGUCAAAGGCGAAUGCAUUCAAGAAACAGGUCAGUCCUACCAAGGGCUUUCUCAGCUCACCACAGCAAUCCUGCCAUUUCAGCCCUUUGUAAAUAGAAAAGCACAGGCUCUAAAUGUGAGGGGGAACCAAUCCAUCUUUUUCACACCGGGACCAUCGAUGUUUCUCAGAGAUUUUUUACUUCAGACCCAGUUCACGGCUGCUGUCCCAUGCCACAGACCCUACUCGAUCGGUGCUAUCAGCUGCAUUGGUAAUGCCAUGUCUGCAGGACACAUUCCAACCAAAGUUGGCUUUCUGCUCUGCCAAGGCAAGAGUGUAUUUGUAAACAUCAUUUUAUAUUGAGCAUUAUUUAGACCUCCUAGGGGUUUUCUUUCCUUUCUCACCAGAAAUAAGCACAGUGUAAGAAUCCUCACAUUCCUGUCUUAUUGGUAAAGCUGUUGUUUCCCUCCCCUUUUGUCCAGGCAUCAGAAAAUGAUGCCUGGAAUGUCCUCAAAGAGCUCUUAAUUGAGGCCACAGCUUUUAAAGAAUGUUUCAGACAGCUGUGACGGCAAGAAGUAAGUUGGAACAGGAGGACGGUCUGGAGAAAGGGGCAGCUAAAGUCAUCAUCAAAGAGAAGGAAAGGAAAAUAGAAAAUCUGCCUUCUUACCAGAGUUAUGCCUUUAGACACACACACACGCUUUAUUUUAUGGUCUGAUUCAUGAAAAAGGUUCUAAGAAAUGUUUUCAGGAGUUCACAGAUAGAGCCUUCUUGUCAACAAAAAAUUCUUUAGAGAAAUUCCAAAGCACGAGGCUACAGAAAUAACAGCAUAAUUUUAAGUACCUUCAUUUGAGAGGAGACAUCCCAGAAUUUAAUUCUGUUCAUUUGUGCCAGUUUCCAGAGCUGUCAGAAUUUCAUGAUUCUAGUUCAUAAACACAUCCAUGUGUGUACACAUAUGGGCAUGCGCCCCCCACACAGACACACAGCCACACACACACACACAUAAUACCGAGAAACCUGGCAGGUAUGAAUGGAGUAAAUUGGUUAAGAAGUCAAAUGAACAUUAUUAAGGAAAAAGCUAUAGAGAUAGCCCUCCUUUGUCCACCUUCCCCCUUCAUUUACUCUUAUACUGCUACCUGAAAAUUCUUAUCAUUAGCCGACCCAUAUAUAAACACAGUUUGGAGAUGCUUCAUAUGAAUAAAAUGGAACAGAGUUUAAACUAGGAUUGUCUUUAGCUGAAUCUUAGCUUCAUCCAGGGAACUUACCCCAUGGUCUGUAUAUAGUUGCCUCUCAGGAUAAAUAUGUGUGUAAGAGAUGGUCACGCUCAGGGGUAAAUGUGGCCUGGGAGCUUUUAAUAAGUGCUCAGGCCUGUGUCCAAAUAGCACAGUAGUGAUUAUUUGGUCUACAGUCAUUGGAAGAGCUUAUGGGAUAGAAAAUUCCUCCUGCCCCCUCCACCUAUUUGCUGCCUAGGAAUGUCACUGCACACAACUCACACCCAGUACUACUUUCAAGAGUAAACAGGAUAAUACUGAGGAGAAAACUGGCUUGUGUCUACCACUUCAAUCUCCUUGAAGUUUCAUACACAUUUAAUGAUUACCACAUCCAGACGAAAAUGAAAGCAUAAUAAACUUGCCCGCAAAAAUAUUGCAAUAUACAAAGUAACUCUUUUUUAAUCAGCAUUGUUUCCCUUCUGUCAAAUAUUAUGAGUAAAAGGAAACCUUCUUUUGAUGGCAUAUACUGUGGUAAAUCAAAGCACAGACUCAUGAAUUAAGAUUAAGAGCUCUGGUCUUCAGGCACUUGUCAGCCUUCAAAAGCAAGAAUAAAAUGGGGACAUUUCCACCCUUUGCCAGUACUUCCAAGUGCAUCUCUCUGUAAUAUUCUUUGUUUAAAGAAAACAGCCUCCCAUCACUUAGCAGCCGCACUGCUAAGCUCUCAGCAAAGAGAGAGAAUGAUGGUUUGGGCUUUAAUUUUGUGAACAAGACCUGAAGCUUAAUCAUUGCAUUUUGGUGUAAAGAACGAACAUGGCGUUGAUAGUUCACUCAUCCAGGCUGUUAGAAUUUGCAGUUCACAUCGUAACUGUGUGCUUAAAGAAGCUUUUCAAAACAUCGUGACAUCUGCAGCAUUUAAAUUCUAUCUUAUUCUUUGUCCCAAAGCAGGCAGUGGUACAGUUCAGGAUUAAUAACUCAUCGGGAGUCUUUCAGGAUCAUAUCAGUUAUAUAGAAUAUUAAAUUUAAUAUAGGCACAUGCAUUAAGAAAAACUUAUGCAGACUGUUUUUUACUGUUAACUUUGUUGUGCUUGAAGCAUAAUUUAUUCAUCCCUUCUGUCACAGAUAAUUAUUGGAAUUAUUUACUUUAGGAGGCUAAUCCGUACCCAGAAAGCAUACACACAAAUUCUCCUCUGAAUUUGCAAGUUGAUAUAGGGAAAGAAGGAUUCGGAAACACAUAAAAUCCUAUGACUUGUUUAGUAAGAAAACAGUAACCAAAAUUUUAGUAACCAAAAUUUUAGUAACCAAAAUUGCCACUGGUCUGAAUGUAUUUCAGCCAGGUCACAAAUCUUUGUGUUGUUAAUAGAUUUUUUCACGUGUUGCAUCUGUUACUCCUAUGUAGUUUCUGUCAUAAUUCCUUAAAUUUAUGAAUUUGGAGUCGCGGGGGGGGGGCGGGUAAGCCCAGGCAGCCUGACUCUCACCUGCAUUUUUCUAUCUUGAAUCACCAAGGAGCCUUUAUGAGAAGUAUUUAAGUAGCUCAUCAUUUUUCAAGGAAAGAAAUCUUUUAUUGUCAAAUUAACAUUUAUUACCGACAUGUGAAACCUAAAAUUAUUUUGCACUCCAUAUAAUCUAAGGUUACUUCCCAAAGCCAACAUAUUCUUUCUCUUCUAGGAAAUAAUAAUAAAGGAUGAAUAGGUUUUGUUUAGACUUUCAAAACCAGAGGUUUCGUUUUAGUCCAUCCUGCCACUAGGUCCCCAGUGCAAGGUCUUAUGUAAUCAUUUCUCUCUUAUCUCCCAAAUUUAAUAUAGUCAAUAAAAUUCUUCAUCCAUAAUUCACCAUUUUAUCACAGAUACGAUAUUACUGAAACCUGUUACUAGCACACCAGUGUAGAACAUGAGUCUGAUUGCUUCAGCCAAUUUUCAGCACACAUUUCACAACUGUUUUUCAUUUGAGGGUUGUUUUAAAAGAAAAGAAAAUGUUUAGUCAUUGAAAUAGUCUUAAUUUCCUUUAAACCAUGGUAUGGUUUUCUUGUCUGUGUUAUACUCAUUGUUUCAGUUUUGCCAUAUAGUUUUAUAUAAAGUUUGGCUAAUACCACUAAAAUAACCGUGGCUUCACAAUACUGGUAUGACUUGUGUCAAGAAGAAAGUGUUUUAAUUAUAAUAUAUGCCACACACUGAGGAUAUUGUAGUGGGAUAAACAUAAAAAUGAGAACGCAAAAAUACAUGUCUAGGUCGUAUGUUACUGUCGUUCGGUUACCUCAGUCACACUACUUUCCAGUUCACUCAUCAGAUGUUCUAAAAAUGUACCUGAAAACCUUCCUUAGGAUACCCUAUGGACACUGUUCUGUGGCUGUGUGUCUUUUGACGUGAGAUCAGUUGAUACUUUCUGAAAAGAGGGUUUGUUUGUUUGUUUGCCUCAACCCUCUUUUUACAUAUACGUAACCCCCAUCACACCAUUGGUAUUUUAGUUGUUUCUUAUCAACAGAAUUGAUUGUCCAUAAACACUAUUCUGAGUCAUGUAAAGUCUGACUUUUGUAUUUAGGAGGUCAGAGCCCUCACACAAAACAGAAUAAUGCAAAAUACAAAGAACAAAAAGGGACAGACAAUUGAAAAAGACAUGGUUUAUGUAUUAAUAUGUUAAUUAAAACAAAGAUUUUAUAUGAAAAUGAGUUUAUAUUACAGUUCCAUUACACUAUUAAGUUAGCAUGAAAGUUUACCAUUAAAAUAAAGUGUUACCUCUUUUAUUACUAACUCUGAUUUGCUUAUACGUACCAGAAAUUUUUUAUUAAAUAUUUUAGUUUUAUUUAGUUUUCUCUGUUUUGAUUAGGUUCAUAUCAAGUCUGAAUAAUAUAUUAUUUGGGAAGAUCCAGAACUACAUAUUAAUUUCUGCCAAAGAAAAUAUUCUAAUUAAGUCAAUAUUUCAUGUACCAAGAUGACCUACUUGAAGGAGACACUGCUACAGUUGUAGAGUCCCAUAAAAUUCUCCUUUAAAAAAUAAUGCUAUAAUACAGAAGGUGUAAAACUAUAUAUCUUAGUCAUAAUUCAAUUUAAGGAAAUAUUUGUAACCCCUUGAAGGCCAUUCUACUUCCUCAUACUGAUUCAAAGAUUAAAUUCUGAAUUGUUAAGUGUAGACAUUAAAGACUGCCUAAUAAAGACAGAUUCUUAGGUGGUAGAAAAAUCCUACUGAACUAAAUUCCUAGUCACUUUAAACUGGGGAGAUAUAAUGAGCAUAGGCUUCAGCACAUCUGUUAAUAAGGCACUGAGGCAAACGUCUACCAAGGCAAAAGAGGAGAGCACCAGUUAUUCUAAGGCAGGAUGAUGCAGCCCCUACAGAGAGUGUAGGAUAAUUAAAGUGGAACGAAGACUUGGACAACGUCACUAGGAGGCCUGAGGAGAACAGUGCCACCAGGCCAGAUCCUUUCCUACAGAAAAUGUAAAAGGUAUUGGAGUCAAAAGAAGCAAAAGAGGUCACCUGCCAGUGUGUGGGCCUUCCUGUGAGCAAACCAAAGACCUCUCCCUUGCAUGUGUAGCAGUCUCUUAUCCCCAGCUCAGAGGCGAUGCUGUGCUGGGCGACACAUGCUCAUCGUCCUCCCAACUAAUGGGUUUGGCCAUAUAUGCUUAGACUUUUAACAGAGACUUCUCUAAGUCUCUUUGUAUUUGAGUUAGUGAUGCUAUUUCUUAAACUAAAUCACUGAUUAUUCACACCUCAUUAGAAAUCUGGUUGCAAUGGGGCUGGUCUCCUAAGUGAGAGCACGCUGAGAUCAGCCAUUUCACCUUUUGACUGAUGUUGACUAACUGGCUCCUAGAGGUACCCCAGAGGGACCUUCCUCUGAUGAGCUCAGCUCUGGGGAAACAUGGAAUCCAGCAGGGAAGAAGGGGAGUACCAAUUAAAUAGCAAUGCUCCUUGUCUUUAUACUAAUAACAUGUGAGGGAGAGAAAUCAUAGAAGCAUCCUAAAGCCGGUCACAGUGCAGCAUGGCUAAGGUCAGACAUGGAAGGCAGAGAAAGAGACAUCCAAAAAGGAAGACUGAAGGACAGGAAGGGCAAAAACAAAGUACCAAUGCAAAGUGACUCAAGGGCUCACCUUCCAACAAAUAAAUGCGGGAUCAAUGAGGGAAAGCGAAUCCUCAAAAGGGAAUUUUGAGGUGCUUCCUGCUGCAUGGUAUUAAACAUUACGUACCUCUCAAGUUUCUACAACACUUCUUAAAGGGCAUUGAGUGGGGUAUCGAUUUGAUUUUCUUUAUGCUCCCUAUAAUCUCAAGAGGAAGCCACUGUUGAAUGAGAAUUACUCUUGCUUGGUUUUUCUGGAAGGCUGCAGGUAUGACAGUGGUUCUGCCCACUUCCUAAGCAGUAAGGAACUGAGGGUGGCACACGUAUGUCUGGGGCAGCCAGCAUUGGAGGAAAACUGCUGUGAAAUUUCCUUCUUCUUAUUUUAUGAAAGAAAAGAUACCUUGCGGGUGUCUCUGCCUGCAACAUAAAGACAGAUUGAGCUUCCCUCCUUGCCAGCAAACUUGCAAGGGCUCCCAAAGAAGAAUACUUAGAAUUCACUCUAAAAAGAUUCAAAUCUUGAAUUUCUAAAUUAUCUUCCCAAACAUUACCACUGAAGUCAGAAGAGGUGAGUGUUCUACAAAGUAAUAAAAUGUUCUAAGUGAUGGUAAUGACCCUGGUAGCAGGAUUUUGUAAUGCUUGCCCUCAGCUCUAUUCAUUCAGAAGCUUUUUCUCGAUAUCUGCCAUGUCAGGUUCAGGGAACCCUACUGGGUGCUAGUUUUUCUGGAUUUUUUUUUUUUUUUCUGGUUGGUAUUUCUUUUUCUCAUGUUGUUUCUUAAUCUUUACCAAAACAGAAAAGACUUUUCUCAUCAGCUUUUAUCAGACAGUGUCUUAACUGGCCUAGACCAAACAGUUUUUCCUCACGUGCUCAGGAGGCCCGUGCCUUAUAGAGAGCUCCCAGGCAUCCAUUUACCAGGCCCACUGCAUACCCUCUGUGUGAGAGGCCCCGUGGCUUAGAACACAAAGAGGCCUCGUUGUAGUCUUUGUGGUGGGGAUAGGACGACUAGGUGGCAGAUGUGUCUGAUGAGUUAUACUAUCAAUAGAGGUUCUUGGGAGAUUUUGCCAGGAUGGAAAGAUCAUUGUGAGCAGAUGUGCCCAGGGAAGCAGCCUGCUGACUUGGCCGAGUAAGCUCACUAGGUGACCUGCCUCCAAAGAAAUGUUAAAACACUAACAAUGAUUAUUUUAAAACCCCGGACAUUUUCAAUUUUUCCAUUCCACUCUUCUCUGCCAGUAUUUUUUAUUGUUUCCUUCACACUCCUCUUGUCAGUAAAUGUCUAAAAGUAUUUCAGUUGCACAAUGUCAAAGAGUUUUUCCACAGCUUCAGAAAAGAGGGUAGCAAAUACAAAGACUCAAGUUUAAAAUAAGGCAAUCUACCUAGAGACACAGACCCCAAAGCACUACUGUGCUGAAACACAAACUCUACUCUAGUUUCCCCCAGAGCUGUACCCUUCCUACAAAGCCAAACAUCACUCUUUCUCCUGUCUGUUAAGAACAUCUUUAGUAUCAGAAUAAGCACCUUCUAGAUGCUAUCCAAAGCAGAUUCUAAAAUGACACACGAAGAAGCCAGAUUUCAACCAUUAAAGCAACAACAGAAACACUACUUUCAUCCCUUUGUACUCAGUUAAAACAUCCAUGCAAAAACUAUCAAUAGGGCUUCCCUGGUGGCGCAGUGGUUGAGAGUCCCCCUGCCGAUGCAGGGGACAGGGGUUCGUGCCCCAGUCCGGGAAGAUCCCACAUGCCGCGGAGCAGCUGGGCCCGUGAGCCAUGGCUGCUGAGCCUGUGCGUCCAGAGCCUGUGCUCCGCAAUGGGAGAGACCACAACAGUGAGAGGCCAGCGUACCGCAAAAAAAAAAAACCAAAAACUUAUCAAUAGAAC